CCACAAAUAAUUUGUUCUUUUGGGCACGCAGCGUGGAUGAAAAGCUUGGCUUUUUGUCUGCAGCCUCCAAGUUUUCCAUGUUGUCGUAGAAAAGUAGUUUUGUCUAGGACAGACUGCAGUGGCUUUUGUGAGCAUACGAAGAGUCGAUAUGAUACGAAGCUUAGUGUUUCGAGGCCAGGUGGUUCCCCUCAUAGACCGUCGUUUCGUUCUUUUUUGAGUUACUUUUGGACAAGGAAGAGAAGCCCCAGCACUUUUCGAAAUAACCAAAUUUUUAGCGGUGGUACAAGUGAUGGUGGUGGUGGUGGUCGAUUUGGAUAUGUUUUUGACGAACAUGAACCUCCAAGGAGAGACUUUGGCAUUCUGUUGCUGUUAAAGUCUACCUUGAAGAUGCUUCAAGCUAGUCGAACUUUAGACGGUUUUUACACUUUUGUUGUUGUGUAUUCCUUAGUAUCUUGCCCAAACAGGCCUCAGUUGGGCUCUUGUUCGGCAGAUACCAACACCAAGGGAGACCUCGUUCAGCCUGAAAAGUGUCAGAAGUACUCAGCAUUCAUAAGUGAAACUACAAGGCCUGCUGUUGUAUUGCUUUCGUUUUUAGGAGCAAAACAGCGUCAGUUGAAGAAAUAUGCAGACUUUUAUUUCUCCAAAGGCUACGAUGUGUAUAUCGUUUUUAACAAUCUACCAACUGCUAUCUUCCCAGCUAUAACUCAAAGACAAGCUAGAAAAGUUUUAGACAUCUUGGAAAGAAUUCCCGACGGACAGCCCGUUUUUGUACACGCUAUUAGCAUCGGUACUGGAAUAUGGGGUUUAGUUUUGGAAGAAUUUAGGAAAAAUAACAAGAGACUGGAGCAUCUCAAAGGGAAAAUAUCCGGAGUGAUUUACGAUAGCGGUCCUUCGAACGUAUCGCCUAGCUUGAUGGCAAACGGUUUAUACUCCGCCUGCCCUAAGUUAUCAAAGGAAGUAUGGAAUAUAAUAACUAGUGUCACAUUUUUGUUGACACGUGCUGGUGCCAAGUUCCGUGUUGGAGAGUUAGCUCUUCAAGAUCACCAAGUUGAACAAGCCCCGCAGCUAUAUUUAUACUCUCGGGAUGACCACGUCAUCAAUUCUUUGCAUGAAAGUGUUCAAAAGUUUGUAGAGAAGAAUAAACAACGAGGAGUAGAAGUAUAUCAGCAAGUUUGGGAGAAAUCUUUGCACGCUACUCAUCUUAAAGUUCAUCCCGAAGAGUAUAUGAGAUCUGUAGAAGACUUUCUCAACCGGUGCUUGCAGUUGAGGAAUAGUGUCAACCGAUGUCUUACUCCUCGUUCGGUUCAAGCUUACUGACUAGCAGCAAUAGUUUCCGAUAUUAACAGUUUCCUGAUUUGUUUCUAAUAAACGAUGAACUCGUGGAAUCUCGUCAGUUUCCAACCA